ACUGCGUCUUGCACAUCCACUUCUCAAUUUUGACCGACUCUAGUCCUUUACGCCUGACUUCAGAUCGUCUUUCACUUGUAUGAGUUUCGGGUAUAAAACACACGGUGCGAUGCUCCAUUCUAUCAUCAGUCAUCACCGUGCUUCAAAACAAACUGCAUCAAAGCCAAUCCGUCAAAAUGGUUUUCAAGUUCUGCAUCCUGGCUGCCCUCGCUACCGUGGCUAGCUGCGGCUACGCCAGCUCCUCAGCAUACGUGAAAACUGCCCCAUCCCACGGCGCCGCAGUAGCAUCUUACGGAAGUUACGGCCACGGUGCGGAGUCCGACGGAAGUUACGGCCACGAGUCGUACCCUGACUCUCACCCCAACUACAAAUUCGAGUACAGCGUGCACGACCCGGACACCCACGACGUGAAGGCCCAGGCCGAGUCCCGCGACGGGCACUACGUCAAGGGCUUCUACUCCCUGGUGGAGGCCGACGGGACGAAGCGAGUCGUCCACUACGCCGACAACGGCCACGGCUUCGAGGCCACCGUCCACAAGGAGCCCGCUCACCACCCCAUCUCAGCCCCUGCUCACCACCCCAUCUCAGCCCCUGUCCUCCACUACUCCUCGUCUCCAUCGCCCGUCUACCACGCUACCCCGGUCUACGGAAAGCACGCCUGAAAUCUCUAGUCAUCAAAUGUGAUCGGUUUUCAAGAAUGUUGCUCAGUUUUAAAUUUUAAAUAAACAUCAUUCAAAUCAA